UUCCGUUUCAAAUUCAAAGCAGCCAUGUUAAACAUUUGCCGACUGUUGAAAACAAGGGGGUGAAUGGGUGAUUGCCCUCUUUUAAUACUCCGUAGAUUUUAAAGAUUUUAGCACAAAGAGGAGUUUAAGGGCCCUUUGGUGACUACUUCGCGGGUGGUUUUGCCCCUUUUCCCUAGUUUUAAAAUAAAGCAGACUUCAAGAUCAAUUUACUGGUUCAUUCAGGUACGCAAUUUCAUUUCAUCGCCAUAGAAUGUUCUCUGAACUGCUCCUGCCUUCUUCUUCUAUUAAGUUUCUUUUCAAUGCCCUCUUUAAUUCAUUAUCUGACUACGUUCAGGUGACUGAUUCCAUUUUCCUACUCCGGAUCAUCCUUUAUUAUUGUAGCUUUGAUAAAACAAGACAAUCUGUUUCUUUGUGCUUUGGAUGAAAACUUAAUAUGAAUAUGCGGUAUCGCGCCCCCUCUUUUUCCCGUUCCGCCUAAUUUCUCAGCCUAUUCAGAACUUCUGAAAUUUGCUUCCAUAUACCGCAUACAGCAUAUCAAUAUAGCAUUUGAUGGCAUCAACAGAGCGUGGUAUUCAUAACAAAAGGAUAGAGGGGAGUGAUUUAAGAAAUACUACACUCUUUCUUGAUGAUGAGCAACAAUCUCCCUCUCCCAUGUGUUGGAAGGGUCAAGUUCCAAAUCCGCCAUUUCAUCCUCCUUCUAAAGCUGGUUUAAGAGGCAGAAGUCAUAGAGGCAUCCUUAAUAAAGCAAAAGACACAUGGGAGAAACUCUUCAAAGAAGGGUUUGGAGCAGACGUGCGUAUCAUGACAGAGGACGGAUCAAUUAUUCUAGCACAUUAUAGUGUUUUGUGUGUUGCAUCACCUGUGUUGAAGAAUAUCCUGCAACAAUCUAAGGUGAACAAUGGCAUGAGAUGUAUGAAGGUCCCAAGCAUGCCACAUGAUGCUGUCCACAUCUUCAUUAAAUUUCUUUAUUCUCCCAGUUAUGAUGAAAUGGAGAUGAAGAAGUUUGCUCUUCAUCUGUUAGUUUUAUCACAUUCCUAUUCUGUGCAUUCACUUAAGAGUGUGUGCGAACACAUUAUAGAGAAUGGAAUGCUUAACUCAGAAAGUGUUAUAGACGUGCUUCAGUUAGCAAGGAAGUGUGAUGCACCGCGGCUCUCGUUUGUGUGUACCCGGUUAAUAGUGAGAGACUUCAAAACCGUAUCAUCAACUGAGGGGUGGAAUAUAAUGAGCCGUUCAAAUCCCGCACUUGAACAAGAGCUUCUAGAAUUUGUUGUAGAUGCAGAUAUGAGGAAGCAAGAGCGGGUGAAGAAAAUUGAAGAGAAAAGGGUAUAUUUGCAACUAUACGAGGCCAUGGAGGCUCUACUUCAUAUCUGUAAGGAUGGGUGUCGGACGAUCGGACCAAGAGACAAGGUGCUUAAAGGAGGCCACGAUGCAUGUAGUUUUCCAGCAUGCAAGGGACUUGAAACUCUGAUCCGCCACUUCUCUGGUUGUAGUACCAGAGUUCCCGGCGGAUGUGUGCGGUGUAAACGAAUGUGGCAACUUCUCAAGCUUCAUUCGAGGAUGUGCAUUCAACCUGACUCUUGUUCUGUUCCUCUUUGCAGGCAUUUUAAGCAGAAAAUGGUGCAACAUACCAAGAGAGAGGAAGCAAAAUGGAAGGUGUUGGUGAGCAAAGUGCAGGCAGCAGAGGUUAGGCUUGGACUAUUCUCAACUAAGCGGUCUGCUUUUUGUUAUGACCUCUAAAACUGUAUACUAUGUAUAUGAUGAGUUGGUGCUUCAAUAAAUAAAUGGUCAAAUAUUUUGUAGACCAUAUUGUAAGGGUAUAGGGUAUGUAAUAUGUCACAGGAAGAUAGUGUGAAUGGUACUAUAAUGUUACAUAGGUCACAUUGUGUCUUGUAAAAUUCCCACAUACGAGUGAAUGUUGAAAUCUACUUUUCUGGUCAAACCUUUUGUGGGGGGAAAGGUUUGAAGUCUUUGCUAUUAUGGUAAGAAAGGCUAUCUUGAAAUCCACAAAUAUGGCAUGUACGGAUCUUGUGGGGGCAGUGUGUUUAAUUGACGAUUACAAC